UUGUAAAUAAGACCGCCAAAAACUGUUUUAUUUACAAAAGUGAUGCCGGCUGUUUUAAAGUACCGUUCCCAGUUGUUUUAGCAGUUUUUUGUCCUUUUUGGCUCUUAUUUCUCGCCCAUUUCCGUGUGGGUGUUUUUACACUACGCGUGUAAUGGCGAGCUCGGCUAACUCGAACCCAGUGCCUAAGCUGUACAAGACUGUGAUUGAGGAUGUCAUCAACGAGGUGCGAGAAUUGUUCCUGGAUGAGGGAGUGGAUGAGCAAGUUCUCCUGGAACUGAAAACGCUAUGGGAGAGCAAACUGUUGCAGUCCAAGGCAGUCGACGGCUUCCACACCGAGGAGCAGGCUGCCCUGCAGGCCGCUCAGCAGCAGCAGCAGCACCAACAGCAGCAGCAAGUCCAGCAGGGUUCCCAGCCAGCACAGUCGCAGCAAGUCGUCCUGUCUCCUCAGCAGCAGCAAGGUUUGGUGCCAGGAAGUUACAGUUGUGCUCUAAAGGCCUCCCAGCAGCAAGUUCUUGUUCAAGAUUCCAAGCUCCUACAGCACAUGACUACAACAGGCAUGAGUGCGGCAGCAACACAAGCAGCGCUCGCUCUGCCCACAGGGGUCACGCCAUAUCCCCAGCUUAUCACUAGCUCAGGUCAGUUCCUGCAGGUUGUCCGUGCGCCCAACGGGGUGCAGUACGUGUUUCAGCAGCCUCAGCAGUCCAUCCUCUUGCAGCAGCAGAUGCAACCUGGCUCUGUGCAGGCCCCGGUCAUACAGCAGGUCCUGGCUCCUCUACAAGGAAGCCUGUCUCAGCAAACCGGAGUAAUCAUCCAACAGCCUCAGAUUGUCUUAGCCCCUGGAAACAAAGUCCAAGGCAACGCACAGGUGAUGCAGGCUGCUGCGGUGACAUCUCAGCAGUCAGCGGCCCAGGUCCAGCAGGCCCAGGUCCAACAAGCCCAGGUCCAACAAGCCCAGGUCCAGCAAGCCCAGGGUGCAGCAGCGCCACAGGGCACAGCAGCGCCACAGGGCGUAGCAGUGCCACAGGCCCAGGUGCAGCCGCAGCAGGCGACCCCUGGUCAAACUCAGGCUCCGCAGCCGCCUAUAAUGCUGCAGGUAGACGGGGCCGGCGACACGUCCUCGGAUGAAGACGAGGACGAGGAAGAGGAAUAUGACGAGGACGAGGAGGAGGAAAAAGAGAAAGAGGCGGGAGAGGAAGGGCAGGUGGAGGAGGAGUCACUGAACAGCGGCGAUGAUGUCUCCGACGAGGAGGACCAGGAGCUGUUUGACACAGAGAAUGUAGUCGUGUGCCAGUAUGACAAGAUUCACAGAAGUAAGAACAAAUGGAAAUUCCACCUAAAGGACGGCAUCAUGAAUCUGAACGGGAGAGACUACGUCUUCUCUAAAGCCAUCGGGGACGCCGAAUGGUGAGGACGAGCCACGCGACAGGAGCAGGAACUCUGUUACCCCUCCAGUCCAGGUACCAGUAAACAAUAUCACUAUCCUUCCAUAUCCUGUGACUGGAUAGGGCCCGGGGAGGUGUCGGGGAGUCUUAAGGGAACUCUUACAGCCCCAAACAGGACUGUGAGGUACUGAACCCACGCGGGUCUCACUGGUAGCCCUCAGACAGCCUCGCAGGAUGAGAAACCGACAGUGAACUUUUUGUUUCUCAGCCUCGAUCCCCACUUGUUUCUCAUACAGCAUUUCACAGCAUGCAGGCGUUAAGAGGACCAGCUUGCAGGCCAAAGGCCACCCUUAGCUGGUAGACCGGUACAACCGGUCCAAGGUUUCCGCCUUCUCGUCGGCCAGAAUGAACGUUUUGUUUUGUCCUCGCCCCGCUUUUAUUUUCGUUCUCGUGUCUCUCAAGUUUUGGCAAACGGUGCUCCGAAGCUUUUAUACGUUUUGUUUUAAAAAUUUAAGGGUUGUAACACGGACGGUAAAAUUGACAUGAAUCUUAAAAGAAAAGGUCAUUUAUAGCUGUAUAAAGGCGCUAUUUUAAAAUAAUUCCGCAUAAGCAAAAGAAAAGCAAUUUAGUUUUUGAAGAAUGAACACAUUGUUUUAGUGUGCGUUAUGAAAUGUCAGUUUGUCACGUGUGUGUACUUAAAGCAGUCAAGGUAAUCAUUAGCCACUGUGAGUGUGUGUGUGUGUGAGCUCACACUUGUUGAUUGCAACACUACAUCCCCACCAAGCAGAUUAGUCGCCACCUUUUGCUCAACACUGAAGCUUUUUUGUAUUUAUUCAUGAAAGUUAUUCACUUCGAGCCGCACCAAACUGUGCUCUUACAAUCAUAUAAGUGUUCCUUUUUUUCUUUAUGUUGGCUGAACAAGGCUGUGUAACGUUGUUCCAAAAUUUUAAUCUUUUAAGCGAAGAUGUUUUCUAAUGAAAGGAGAGGGAGUGUGUUUCGCCACAUGUCUUCAGUGCCCCCCUGUUGCAGAAAUUUGAAAUAAAGUACACCUUUUUUGGGC